CAAAAAUGGUAACACUAGUUAGCAUACAUGUAUCAGACUUGCAAUCUUUUUGAUAAAUCUAAGUAACUGAAGUUCUGUGUGCGUGUCUUCACAUUUUUUAAGAGGCACGUGGACGACGAGGCGCGUGUAUAAAAGACUCUUGAUGAAAGCGUAGAUCUAUUGUCCAGAUAAGGGUGACGGAUUCAUUGUAGAGAAGCAAUCGGGUUUUAUUUUGAUCGGUUAUGCCAAAUACCGAUGUACUGUCCGCUAGAUAACUCAAAAGCGAAUAAAGGGAUACCCAGUCUUGCAGGAUGUUUGUAGUAUGAACUGAAAGAGGUGAUUGAGGUCGUGAGGUCAAAGGUUACAGAGGUCAGUGAAGGAAUUUCUGCUUUUUUUUGUCCCACAAUUUUUUUUAAAUCCUCUUUUUUUUUUAGCUUUUUAUUAACAGAAAUGUGUAUUUACCAGUUCACGAGAGCUGUCAAUUUUCUGUUUAAAAGAAAAUAAAGGACUCAUCCUACCUGACUUUCCCACUCCCGCUCGCCCCAAAACCGCCAGUUUCACCUCCGGACUUUUGGCCAUGAUGGCGGGCCGAUGGGCGAGCUCUCCGGUCAACCCUCCAUCUCCUUGUCCACACUGGAGAAAAUGAAGUCUAGGGAGAAAGCGCGGUUAAUUUCACAGUCCUUCUCUCAAUCACUCUCGCAAACUUAGCAGCCAAGAAAACUCCCCGUCAUUGGCCGAGAAGUGUCGUUAAACUUCUAAAGUUAGGGUGUGGCAACCCUCCAACAACACUCCCGUCCACAUGGGAGCUUCUGUAAUCAUUUCCCUAUUAUGCUGGCACUCGCAUGCCCAUACAUGGCGGCUGUCUGCUCUUUUUUUUUUUUCCAGGCACUGACAUCCCUGAGCUGUUACACUGAUUACCAUUGAGAUUAAUCCAAGUGUCGGAGAUGUACGAAUGCAUUUGCAAUAAGUGAAACGAGAGAGCGCUCUAAACCUCGGCUAAUAGAUUUUCUACAGUCUAACUUGCCAGAAACGGCACAGCCAUCUGAAAAAGCAGGCCAACCGUGCGCCUAUUACAUUGAUUUUUUUUUUUAAAUGAACUAUCUGUAUCUUGCUUCCCUUCUGUUUCACAGUGGACAAAUAUUACUGCAGUCAGCCAGAGAGCAACUCCCACGCAGCAAAAGGGAAACACCAGUCUGCGAUUGUAUCUCGGAAACUCGCUCCCUCCCACUCGAGACACUUCUCCUCUACGGCGAGGCGCUCGAGGCGUUUACGCAGCACUCUGAGAGCCAUGCGAGGCGUUCAGCUGACAACAGCGCAAGAGGAUGCUCUUACUGCUUCUGUCCAUUUGUCUCCUCUGGCCCGGAGCCGAGACCACGGGCAGGAACUUUACUGUGGACGGGGAGAUCCGUCACCUGGUCGCCACAGAUGACACGCUUUACGUGGCCACAGAAGAUAAGCUAUACCAGCUGAAGCGGGACUUGACUUUGGUGUACACUCUCAACCAGAAAGGCGUCCUAACGGGGAAUAUUGACAAGGCCGUGUUUUCCCGGGUGACUGAUGGAGAUCCGUGGAACACCACGUUCAGCGUCAACGUCUUGUUACCCGUGAACGGAAUGCUUAUAAGUUGCGGCGUGACCAACGAAUGCGGCUAUUGCGAGGUGUUGGCGUUGGACGACAUUUCCACAACGGUGCACAACGAGACUAUUCUAGUGGGAUCCAAAAAGCGCAAAAGCACCUCCGUGGCUUUCCUGGUGUUGCUCCCGCCAGCCCCCCCGUCAGCCACCCAGCCAGCCACUCCCAGAGCCAACCCAGAAUUCUACAUCUUGGCAGCCACCCAGCAACGCAAAGGUGAAGAUCCACAGAUCUGUGAAAACCCUAAGGCCGUGUACCUCCACAACAGUGGAAUGGGACAAGACAUCUUUUCCUUCGGCGGUGACGGUACCAACCCGAGCAUUGAAAGCAACAAAGACGUAGACUUUUUGGACGGAUUCCAGAUUAAUUCCACAAUUUAUCUAUUCGCCAACGUGCUUGACCCAACGCGCGGCAACGACAGAGUUCGGCUCGUUUGGCUCACAGCUAAAGCGAAAAAACUGGCCACGUUUAAAUCUCUGCGUGGAGCUUAUUUCUCAGUCCCAAAAGGCUGCAGACUAGCAGCUUCCUCUGCGGUCUCGCCCGGUCUUUCUUCGGCCGUGCUGUGGGCCGGCAUCUUCCACGCCGACAGUGAUGCGAGGGGCACCCAGUUGCUUCUGUUUGACAUCAGUCCUCCUCUGGACCCAUAUCCGUAUACCGACCGAGAUUUCUGCAGCCCCACCUGCGGCGCCCAAAAGAAUGAGACCAAAGCGUUGAAGCCACUGAAGGUGCUCUUCAAACAGACCUCUAUGACAUCUGUACUAGCCACAACACAAGGGAGCUGGAUGGUGUUCUUCAUCGGGACGGCGGACGGGCAACUCAUUAAGCUAAGUGUGGACGAAAAGUAUCAGAUCGCUUGCCCCACAAUGCUAUACCGCACUAACGACGAUAGAAAAGUGUUCCCCAGGAUGCACCUGGACCUGGACGGCAAACACGUGUACGCGGCUUUUGCUAAGCAGGUGCAUCGUGUGCCCGUGUCCGAGUGCGGCAGGCACAAAAAUCUAAAGGAUUGCUGGUCAGCGGAGGAUCCCAGUUGCGUGUGGUGCGAGGGCCAAAACAGUUGCACAUUUAAGGACGAAUGCCAAAACUCCGACUGGUUGUCCUUUCCUAAUAUUUACCAGAAAAAGAUGAUUUCCUACAUGGUUAAAAAGCAAAGUUCUGGUCAGAUCCACCUGGUUGUUGACACGCAUGUGAACGUUCAUCUGAAAGGCACCACCAGAUUUGCUUGUCAGUUCUCUGCAAGUUCUGGCAAGCUAUGCGUAUGGGACGGUCCGAGCCCGACAUUCCCAAAUUGUACUUGCAUACUCUUAAACGGGACUCAACUUCCGAGUAAAGGCUUGAACGUGGUGGUGAAAUUCCGACUUGGGUCGAUGAAUUUUCAGGAAACAAUAAAGCUAAUGACCUGCUCGGACAUCGCGGGUUCACCGACUUCCGCUCUGUGCCAGAGUUGUUUGGACGUUGGCUGCAGCUGGAGUAAAAAUGUUUGUUCCUGGGCGACUGAAAAUGGAACGGAUGACCAGAUUUGUCAAAUGAUACCGUCCCAAAUGAACAUUUCCAAGCCAGAGAUCUCCUCCAUCAUGCCCGACGUCGUGUCUUUCUUCGGCCACAAGGGCGCCGUUAUGACCGGCUACAACCUCAGUCGCGUGACCAGAGUGAGGAUACGGACUGCAGCGGACUGCGCGCCAUUGGAGUCUCCCGUAUGGAGCAACAAUGGCACAAACCUGAUUUUCCACAUUCCCGCCAUUCAGAGUAAAGGAACAGGGCAGGUUUGCGUCGUCCUCCCAGAUGGUAGUUGCUACGGCAACAGCGCGGUGACCUACACAUCAGCCCCGUCUUGCUAUUCCAUCACUCCAACAACCACUUGGGGCAGUGGAAAAAGGAAGAUUACACUACUCGGGUCCAAACUUGAAUUUGUCGACGGAAUCCUGCACAGUCACAGCUUACAGGAAGUCAGCAAUCCCACAAGCAAAAACCCACACAAUCUGACUUAUUUCACACCUUCAGUCAAGAGUCCUUAUCGGGUUUUUACUAGCAUCCUGUCCCUGAAAGUAUCUAAUGAAACGCUAGCCUGCUCGCAGUCCCUCAUCUACUAUCCUGAACCUGAAUUCACCAGUUUCACCUCCACGAGAACUGGGGAGGUGGUUCGAGUCACCAUACAGAAAACAGCCGAUAACCUGAACAUGAGCAUCAAAGACGUUUCGGCGUUUGGCGUUUAUGAGGGAAAGGAUUUCCCUUGCAUCAUGGAGGCCAAAGAACAUAGCAACCAAACGGAUUUUUUCAUCUGUGAAAUUCAUAAUGUGCCGGACCUAAAAUUCCGCAAAUUAAAGGUUUCAUAUGGCGGUGAAACCAUCCUGCUGCGGAACACCUCCCCUGUCCUCACCCUUAUGUUGUUCGUCCUGCUGCUUAUUCCUGUUAUUAUUAUCGCGGUGAUUCUGGUUUACCGGCGCCAGCGAAAACAGCUGACAGAGAAGAUGAACAAGCACGUGGAAACCCUGGAACUCGACAUCAGGAAUGACAUCAGACAAGGUUUCGUUGACAUGCAGACCGAAAAGGUGGAUCUGCUCGACAACAUCAGCGCAAUUCCCUUCCUGGACUACAAGCACUUUGCUUCCAGAAUCUUCUUCCCUGAGAACGAAGCUUUUACGGCGUCAUGCGUGGCCGACGUGGGUCAACACGCAGUCAAAGUACAACUUGACGAGAGUUGCCAGGCUUUCUCGGAGCUGAUCCAGGACCGACGUUUUCUUACGUGCACGGUGCACACGGUGGAAGCGCAGAAAAGCUUCACUAUUAAAGACAAGUGCGCGUUGGCGUCCCUGCUGACGGUGGCACUCCACGGCAACUUGUUGUAUCUUACGGAUAUAAUGGAAACACUGCUGAAGGAUCUGAUGAAGAAAAACGGCAGCGCUCAGCCUAAAAUGCUGCUUCGCCGCACAGAGUCUGUUGUGGAGAAGCUCCUGACCAACUGGAUGUCCAUUUGCCUUUACGGCUUUUUGAGGGAGAGCGCCGGCCAGCAUUUGUUCUUGCUCGUGAGCGCUCUCACGCAGCAAAUUGCUCGCGGACCGGUGGACCGCGUGACGGAAAAAGCGCAGUAUACGCUCAGUGAGGAUUGGCUCUUGUGGCAGGCACCAGAUUUCACUUCUCUGAAGCUGAAGGCGUUAUUCGCCGUGGGCAGUGAUGGCGAGGUCAGCGAGCCCCUGGAGGUGGUGGCUCUCAGUUGUGACACGGUGGAGCAGCUCAAGGAGAAAAUUCUCACAACCUUCAAGGCCAAGUUCGGCUUCACUUACAACAGCCCGCAAAUGAGCGUUCAUAUCGAGUUUGAAAGGAACGGAAACUUUGCCGCUCUUGAGGAAGUUGACGCCAGCUCUGAAGUUAUGGGGGAGGUGACCAUGCUGAACACGCUUCAGCACUAUAAGGUUCCGGACGGCGCUACAGUCAAGGUGCUAUCCAGAAAAAACCCUUCCGUCAGCCCGCAGUCUAGUCUGAAGGACGAUCAAGACCUCUCAGAGAAAUACUUUCACUUGAUCAAUCCCGAUGUCGAGGCGGACAAGGGAACAAGUCCGGAGAGGAAGAAGUUAAAACUGAAGGAAGUGCACCUCACCAAACUGCUGUCUACCAAGGUGGCGGUACAUUCGUUUGUGGAGAACUUGUUCAAGUCCAUCUGGGGGAUGCCCAACUGCAGAGCACCUCAGGCUGUCAAGUACUUCUUUGACUUCCUCGACAGUCAAGCAGACAAUAUGAAAAUCCCAGAUCCGGAUGUACUGCACAUUUGGAAGACUAAUAGCUUACCACUGCGCUUCUGGGUAAACAUCCUGAAGAAUCCUCAGUUUGUCUUCGACAUGGACAAAAGUCCGCACCUGGACGGCUGCUUGUCUGUUAUUGCUCAGGCCUUCAUGGACUCCUUCUCUCUCAGCGACACGCAGCUGGGCAAGCACACGCCCACCAACAAACUGCUGUACGCCAAAGACAUUCCAAAGUACAAGCAGGAAGUCAAAGAGUACUACCGGCUAGUCGCGGAGCAGCCGCCCAUCACGCGAGCCGAGUUUGAGGACUUCUUGCGCGAGGAGUCAAAGAAGCACGAAAACGAGUUCAACGAAGGAGCGGCGCUGAAGGAACUCUACAAGAUCAUCAAGCGAUACUUUCCAGAGGUGGAAGCGGAGCUGGAGCGGAUUGGUCUCCCGGGGGAAGGGCUACAGAAGGUGAGGGACCUCUUCGAGGGGAUGAAGAGCUGCCCCUGGAGUACAGAAGGAGUGUUGUAACUCGAAACAAGACAAAACAGGAAGACUCUUACUUCUCUCACCAAGAUGAGUACAAAAUGCUUCUAAAAUGUUUAUUCAACAUGGAUGGUGCAGUUGCAGUCGACAUUCAAUGUUAAUGAAUGUAAACACUGUUGACAGACAGCAGGCAACUGAUGUAAAUAUUAUUGCUCACUAGUGUAACUGUUCACUCGGAGUUGUAUAUUUUGCCACGAUGUCACUUUGGAUGUUUCUGUGUGCUCUACCACCAAUGUGACCAAAUAAACUGAUUAAGAAGUUUAUUUGUUUAUUUACGCAUUGGAAAGUGUUUCUUUCCAACGCGCAGAGGUGGAAAAUACUCUCAGGUUUUGGUGGUGUUUAAGUGACUGUGACGGCAUGUUGCCCCUGUGCAAAAAUAGUACGGACUGGUGGCCAACAGGAUUUAAAAAAAAAAAAAAAAGCGCAUAACAGUUUUGUGUUGACCGAAAAGCGCUUUUCAAAUGUGAAUCAUGCUGUGUUGCGUUUCAAUCAGAAAUGACUGGCUAAUAAAAUACUUUUGCAAUGAUCAUGUGCAUAUUUAUGUAUCGUCCACGACCCAGUUAUACCACAUACCAAAAAAAUAAGUAUUUAUUUAGUCUUUAACGGUUUCAAAUUGGUGCACCAAUAUUAAAAUCAUUGAAUAUCUUUAGCAUAGCCGACAGAGCUGCCGCAACCCGGACGAAGACGAAUAGCUUGCAAGCAAUAAUGAAAGUGCAACUCUUACAUCUUGCUCCUUAUAAAAUGUAUUGAAAUUGGGCUUGGGUAACCUUUAUGAAGUGAUGGGUUUAAUAUACUUGUUAUGUACAGUAUUUAGAUUUUUUUAAACAUACUGUAUAUUUGGUAAAGUAAAAUGUUUCAGGUAGUACUGUUUACGCCUUAAUGUGACAUCAAAAAUGAAGGUCUGUGCUCCCUGGAAAAAUCACUAAAUACACAAGUAGAGUCGAGUGCUUCUCUACUAUGAAAUUUAGGUAGCUUGGUGUCCAGCUUUUAACGCUGGGUGUUUGUUUGCCAGUGGUACAUAUUAGUGAUGGGUUCAGUGACACUAAUGCGCCGGCGCGCGCGUCGAGCUCAUGGUUCAAAAGGAAGCGUGUCUGUCAACGCGAUGGAGCUGCUGAAACAAUCCACAUUUCAUUGGUUACUUCCUCGUUGUCUACAUGCUGUGGAAAUGUCGCAUUUGUACUUUCAACCUGUCAUAUACAAACUGUAGCCACCUCCUCAAUGCUGAAGCAUUAUUGGGCCAAGCAUGAGAAUGAAGUUUCUGAUAAUCCGAAACACAGGUAUAGAGCCAUUCCUUUACUUUCCCACAGUAGCUUUUUUGGUCAUUUAUUAGAAAUUGGUAAUUAAGCCAUAAUUUAUUUAUGGUCUACUUCAAUUUUUUUUCUGAUGGGCUAUGGUACCACUUAGAUGACGAAGUGGGGAGUCAAGGAGGCAAUGCAACUGUAGAUUAAAUUGCAAAAGUGCAAUGAUGCAUGGUUGAGCCGAACAUGGCACACAAUGCAGAUUUUCUUCAAUACUAGAGGAGCCAAUGGACAUCUUAUCCAAACCUCUUUCAACUGGCUAAGAAAUUCUUGUGCAUGCUGGCAUCGUUGGUUCCAUGCGAGUGUGUGUUGUCCACAGCAGGUGAAAUUUCUUGUUUAAAAAAUAAAUAAAAAGGAACCAACUAAAUUUUAAACAUUAAAAAAAAAACUGUUUUUGAAUAAAAUUUUAUUAGAACAAAAAGUCCACAAGCAUCCCCAUUCAUCCAUUCGUUAUUACAUUUUCACAUUAUAAUAUGUUCACAUAAUGUAAAGAUAUGGAAUAAUGCAAUAUGAAUGCAAAGACUUAAAUGACUUGAUUUUACAUGCUAUGUCAUCAAUUUAGUGUCAGUCUGUCAAGUGCAGGGGUGUCCAAACUUUUUGCAAAGAGGGCCAGAUUUGGUGUGUUAAAAAUGUGGGAGGCCGACCUUGGCUGACGUGCUUUACAUAG